AUGCCAACCUAUAAGAAAAAGAGAAUUCGACCAGAUUCUGGUUUACAAUUUAAAGGACAUAAAUUUAUCAAAUUGGAGAAUACCAAUUCUUUAACAGAAAUGUUUAUGAACGAAAAGAAAGGAAUCUCAGAGACCAAAAAUAAUGAUUUAACAAAAAUUUCAAGUAAAGAGGAUUUUCUUUCAAAACCAAUCAAUUUGAAACCUAAAAGGGUUCAUGCAUCAAAAACACCAAGUAAAUUUGAAGAAGAAAGCAUAAACAUUAUAUCUACAGGUGUCCCUUUGUCGGAUGUAUUUAGUACGCCCAAAUCCAGGACAACAAACCUGACGAAAGCUUCUUCACCUUCAACGGUAAUUCAAUCAUCAUUGAUAAAAACUCCUAUCAAGCCCAGACCAUCAAAUCAUGUUUUGUGCUUUGAAGAGGAAACUUUUUCGGAGAAAUCAGAGAGAAGUAGCCUUCUGUCAGUGGGAUACUCUUCACCUUGUGAAGAUAAACUCAGCCGGAUAUCUGGAGAAUCCGACCAAAGAAAUGCAUUUUUGUGCCAGCAAACACCAAAGGUCUACGCUCUCAAUGCAGAACUGACAAUUAAGAUGUUACAGAAAGCUCUUGCGGAGUAUCAAGAUAUGGAAAGGAUAGCAUCGCUAGCAAAAUUCAGAUUAAUCGAUAAAAUCCAGAAAACUCACAAGAUGCUCAAUUCUACAAACCAUACGCCUUACGACCGCAAGCAAAUAUCAGAAUACUGUGCAAAUCUCUUACGGCAAAUAAACUACAAAUAA